AUUUUCCAAGUAGAUUUGGGUUUGUGUAAAAAAUCACAUUAUUUGUGAUUUUAGGUUUUAGGGUUUGUUUUGGUUUUUAGUUUUAUUGAUAUCUCAUGGAUGUUCUAUGUCAUGCAGUAUUCGCCAUUAGUGUGAUUUCAUAUAGCCUUCGGGCAUUUUAAUUGGAACCCGAUGAUAUAUUCAAGUAUAUCUUUGAAGACAAUCAAUUUCGUGUGACGAUGAUCAAGAUUCAAUCAAACAAGAUCAAUGGCUACUGGAAUUGAUAAUGAUGUUUAGUGCAAACUAUCCUUUUUAUAAAGGAUUUUCUCUUAAUGAAGAAGAAGAAUUUUCCAAAUGGUGGAUGCAGAAUCAAAACACCAUCCCUCCGAUUACAUCGAUUACUUCUAUGAUCAACAAUUAUAUAUUUUAUUAUAUUACAAUUCCUAUAUUAUUGUAAUAUUUUGUUUUUGUACUUUCUUGUUGUAUCUGUUUGAUUUACUUGAAUCAUGACUUCCAAUUAAUAUAAUCUAAAAAAGGUUCUCCUCUUUUUCUUUUCAAGAAGAAGAAAAGAAAAUGUGAAAAUAUAAAUGAAUGGCAAGGAUGAAACUGAUUUUGUUAGUCAAUAGGGGAAACGCACGACCACGAAUUGUUAUCCCCAACAGGAAUUCCUUUGCCCGUCAAAGCGAGAGAGAGAGAAUGGCAAUGGCUUCUUCAAACAUGGUUCAAUUGCACAAGUCACAACAACAACGAGGAUUUCAGGUAUUCUGCAGAAAAAAAGAGAAAGACUACGGAGAAAAUAGCAACUACCCGUUUAAAGUCAUCGAAAUUACUCCUCCUCCCAAGAAUCUCGGCAUUCGCUGUUUUCCCUCUUGUGGGGAGAGUGUAACAAUCGAAGGCCAGAUCUACAUGGUUUAUUCUGUAACGCAUCGUUAUCAGCUUCGAAAAGGAAAGUACGAACCUAGCGAGAAAAGACUAGAUGUUCUGUCUUCAGGUAGAUACAUUGUCAACUUGUAUCUUCAAAACCUUCUUGAACAGUCUUGAUUCAUUCAUUCAUGAAGUAGUAAGUUACUAAAUUUGCCCACCUCAUUGUCUAUUAUCUCCAUCUCACAUGUAAGAAAUCAAAUUAUUAUACAAAAACCAUUCUGUUUUAUGGGUAGUUCAUGUGUAUAUGAAGGAAACUCGUUGUCAA